AUGGCUUCGACGGUCCCAGAUCUCAAGAUCCUGCACCGGCAACGACAUCAUCGCGUCCACCCUGAGCAGGGAGGUACUCCGGGCAGGCAAUUCCCGCUGGUUGGAUCGGUCGGAGCGUGGACUUGUUCAAUCGUCGCUUUCCGGGUACAACCGUCUUCCUGGCUCGCCGUCGACAGCAGAUUGAAGGCGGUACGCGUGGCAUCUAGCGACGACGACGACGACGACGACGACGGAGAUGUUGGGUCCCUGGCAGCCAAGCCUCACAUCCCGUCCGGCAACGUGCGCUCUCGGAGCUCGUCCCCCGAUAAGAAAGACUACACCCAGACACUCCUCGGCACUGAGACGCGUGGCAAGAGAUCGGUCGUCAUCUUUUGCGGCGACGGCACCAACGAUGCUGUUGCUCUCGCGCAGGCUACCAUUGUCGUCCACGUAAACGAAGGCACUGACGCCGCCCGGUCGGCUGCCGACGUGAUUCUCGUGCGUGCGUCCUUCCCCGGGUGGCCUGCUGACACUGAUGAGCGUCAGUCGCAAGCCGGUCAACAGCAUCCGGUUCAACUUUUGCGUGGAGCUUCGUGUACAGCGUCUUCGCCGUCCGUCUCGCCGCCGGCGCUGCUGUCAGCGCGAGGUUCCCUCACGGAGUUUUCCGGACUGGCCGAAUAG